GUCUGCAGAAAGGUUGUGAGUGACUUAUGUUUGAUGUCGUAAAAACGCGCGCAAAACUGAAACCACCAAAACUUUAAAAAAUAUUGUAUUUUAAUGUGGAAAUAUUUGUUGGAGUGUGUCUAAAUAUUUGGAUUGUGAUUAAGUGCUGUGUAUUACUUAAGAGAUGUUCAGCGGUGCGUGACGUCACACGAUAUGAAAUCAUGAGGACUCUUCGUAUUAACUGGCGAUGGAGAGUCUUGUUCGCAGCGCUCUCGUUGGCCUUUGCAAGUUCACAAGACAUAUCAGCCUGCUGCGAUAAGGCGACGGAAACAUGUCGCAGCGUUUGCGAAAAGAUGUCAUUGGUAGAAAUCGCAUCAGACUCCGCAAUGCGAGAAGAAAGAAUACAGAAUAUUUAUAAAUUCUGUACACCACAGCUGAUAGAGUUCUGGAUAUGCAUGAACCAAACAAUACAGGAAGUUGUGUCUGGUUCUGGAUGGUGGGGCCGCGCGUGUUGUUCCCUCGGGUACUCCCCGCGGUGUCGACGAGCUUGCGCCACGGCAUCAGACACCCAAGCACUGUCGACAUCCUGCCGAAGAUCUGACGAGAUCGCAUUCUUCGACUGCGUGCAGAAACAACAAGAAGCACAGUGGUGCUGUUCGCAAACCCAGUCGCUCAGCUGUCACGAGGCAUGUUCCCAUGCGGUGUGGAAGGUGGGACACUCCAGUGCCAGUACUUCAUCAAGGGAGAAGGCAGCGGAGGCCUGCGAACAGUCACCUGCUUUGCUGAAAUGUCUCACUGAUCUUACAGCGUCUACUGUACAUACGGAUACUUCUAAAUACUUACCAUGUUGUCACGAAUCGCCAAGCCAAGAGUGCAGAAGUACAUGUGAAGCAGUUCUUCGUCGUACGGGAGAAUCUCAGGAGAUAGCUGAUGCGCUGUCACAGGAGUGUGGAGCGCCGGCCAUUCACGACAACAUGUGGCAAUGUUUCCUCAGGAAGGACGCCCCUACUGACACCAGGGAUGUCAUACCGCAUGAUGUGGCUAAGCUGCAUUGCUGCCAAAAGGGAGCAACAAUAAAUUGUCGAAGAUUAUGUUUCAACACAUUUAACUCUGGCUGGCAAAGCAACUGGCAGAAGUUUUACUCGGAGUGUCUGGGUGAUCCACAGGAAACUGCACUUGCAGAGUGUAUUGAAGAAGUGGAAUCUCCGUGCUCGCUGGGCUGUGGUGGUCUGACAUACUGCAACCAGUUGAACAAUCGUCCCACGAGUCUGUUCCGGUCUUGUUCAGCCCAAGCCGACCUGGACGCUCACCUGGCUGUUGCUGAACAAAAGGGCAACGGCUACGUAAGUGUGGCUGGCUUGCAGCUUCCGUUGAAGAAUUCCAGCCAAUGUAACACUGACGUGUGGAAGAGUGUUGCAUGCGCCCUACAUGUCAAACCAUGCACAGCGAAGGGACACAGUAGUCUAUUGUGUAUGGAAGAUUGUCUACGACUUGUGACGUCAUGUGUCGAAUGGUCUCGUGCGCCGCUUUCCGCUCCCGCUCUGUGCGCCAGACUUGCGCCCAAACAGGAGAACGCGCCCUGUGUGUCUCUCACGGACUUCAUGACGCCAAGUUCUGAGCCAGCCCUGCUAUCAGCCAGCGAGGCGGUCAGGUCACCAUGUGCCGGUGCUCCCUGCAACUCUUCACAAGUGUGCGCUCUGAACAGGAGCUGCGAUCAUAGCGACUCCUGCACCAGAUACACUUGCUUGAACGGCUGUCCACUCGGCGAUGGCAGUCCAUAUGUAGUGCCCAUAGGCUCAUGGGUGCGUGUUCCCAUGCCGUGCGCAUCCCAGAAGACUUGCAUCAAGAUAUGUCGCUGCUCCAGCAAGGGUCUCACCAACUGCCAACCUCUACCCAGUGUGGCGCUUGAUAACUGUCAGCUACACGAUAAAAUUGUCAAACACGGUGAGCGGUAUUACAUCGAGUGCAACGAGUGCCGGUGCGUGUCAGGGGAGCGUGUUUGCGCCCGGCGCGCCUGCGGGGGCUCCAGCCUGCUCACGGGUCUGCCGUGCAACUGUCCCCCUCAUCACCUGCCUGUUCACACCACGCGGAUGCUGUACCCCAACGCAUGCCUAGCCAAGUGUGGUGGAGCCACAGACGGCGAGAUAGAGUUCGGGUCACGUGACGUGUGCGCUGCCUCGUCGUGUCCGCGUCGCCACGUGUGUCUGCCCGCCGCGUCCGUCUGUCUGUCACGUUUGCAGCUCGACUGUCCGCAGUACGUGUGCGUAAAUAUAUCAAGUUGUAGCUCGCAGCCGCCAACUCCAGUCUGCGACACAGACAGACAUACACACACGAAUCCCUGUCACCUGGUUAUGAGUGGGAGGAAGCUCGCUUACUGGGGCAAUUGCCUUCGUGGGUGUUCUAACGCUGGGGCUGUUUGUGGCGUCAAUGGAGUCACAUACAUGUCGGAAUGCGCCGCGUGGUCUGAAUUCGUAAGCGUUGAUUACUUCGGGCCCUGCUUCGCCGUCGGUCCCAUAUCCGAUCGCAUGGAACCAAAAUGUGAUUUAGACCGUAUCUUAUGUCCUCCACUGAAAAAGCCAAAUUGCCUUGGCUUUACUGCACCAGGAGCUUGUUGUCCAAAAUGUGGCGGAGCUCUUCGAAUCCUGUAUUCGAAGAAACAGAUAGACCGUGCACUUUACGGCACCAAUAUAUCAUCGACUGUUAUUAAUCUCAAAAAUGUUAUAUCAGCGCUUGAUAGACACGUAAAAGUUGGGGAGUGUGCACUUAGAGGCUACUUAACUAUUGAAAUGGAAAUUUUUGUAACGGUAGAAACAGUGCUAAAGAAUCCAACCGAUUUGCAACUAAAAGUAUGUGUUUUAGAAGCGGAGAAAAUUGCUGAUCUUAUCAAUAGAGAUAGCGCUCUCAUAACAAGUGAUUUAGGAUUAAGUGCAUUAUCAUAUGCAUUAGUUGUUCAUACAUAUCCAACGCAAGGUGCUGCGUCUUUAAGUAUUUCUCUUGUUACGAUGUUGAUUUCAUAUUUAAGUGUUUUUGUCAUAAGAUGAUUUUUUUAUGUUAUUUUGUAAAUAGUGCCAUAUUUGUUGAUAAGGUUUUGUCACGGAUUAGUAAAAAAAUAAGGACUCCGUGUCACCUUACAUAACAGUGUAGCACCAAAAGAAGCCGAUUAACGUGUAAAUACAUAGCUCCAUGCACACACUUACACAACUACAGGCCGAUAAGCGGCCAUUAUGAGAAUUGUCAUCGUCUGCGACAGAUCAGUUUGCGUCUUGAUAAAAUAUUUUAAAAAUGCCGUCGGGCGUUGUGAAAAAGUGUUUAAACAAUACUAUAUAAGUAUUUUUGGACAUAUAUGAUUAUUUAAGGGUGAAAAAAUACGCGCACACACUAACAUAACGGUGCUUCACUUGCUAAUAUCACGGCGCGGAGUCCUUCUCUUUUUACUCGUCCGUGGGUUUUGUAUAUAAUUAGACAGGUAAUACGUAACAAUAAAUGAAACAUUUGCUUUUAAUUAUGUAAAGUUAUAUCAGGUUAUAAACCAAACAAUUGUAUAAAAUAUAUUCAAGAUUAUUUUGAUGAUUGACAGAAUUUCUUUUUACUACUGUAUAUUUAGUGUUAAACUCUAGAGAACUAUUAGAAACAGGGGCGGGUAUAUCAUAUAGGUAAAAAGGCAGUGCCUACCUCGUUAUAAACCGAAAUAAAUCUAGCAACUAGUGUUAAAGUUGAUUUAGUUUAAUUUGGUUCCAUUUUUUUAUAACCAAACUUCUAUUGAACACCCACUCACAAAAUUUUUUCUUACACUAGAUACUAUAUACCAACGGUAAGCAAUUUUUGCAUAUCCAAAGAUGAACAACCACUAGUUAGAUCCACACGUAACUUGUAGAAAACCAUUGCACGUCCCUGAUUAGAUAAUUGUGUGCCAUCAUUAGAUCAAACUUAGCACUAUAUCUAUAUAAAAUAGACUGAAAUGAGCAUUUGUAAAUAAUAUAUAAAAGACAGUGUAGUCGUUAUACCAAAAAUAUUAAAUUGUAUUAUUUUGUUGAAAAUAUUUUUUUUUUAUAUUUUAAAACAAAUGUGAUAUAAAUAAAACGCACAUCAUUUAA